CAUGGACAUGCAGUGGAUUUUACUGGUCUUUUUAUCUGGAGGUGUUUUCUCCACUCAGGUCCCUCAGUCAGUGUUGGAAGUGACAGCCAGACCUGGAGACAACAUCACAGUCUACUGUGACUGCAAAUCAUCCCAAACUCUGCAUAUAGUGUGGUACAGACACUGCACCCACGAGACCCAACCUCCUCUUGUCCUCAAGGCCAGGCGUUCAGAGUUUGAGAGCAAUAUUCUGAAAAACUUCCCCAAUUUUCGCCUGGUGAAAAACCAGUCGUCUGAGUCGUAUGAUCUCCUGAUCACUAACAUGACCAGCUCCUACGAGGGCCUCUACUACUGCGGGACUGAGGAAAUCAAAGUAGAGGAUAAAGAUCGAGUCUCUUUGAAAUAUGAUUACAUAACUGGCAAAGUUUCAACAAGGAUUAUUUUCUACUCCAGUGACUCUAAAGACCAUGAAACUCCACACUGUGGACUGUGCUGGAUGCUGCUCUUCACUCUGUGUCCAGUUAUUGCUGGACUCUCGUCUCUGCUGACUUAUCAACCCUGCAAGAAAAAAGGCUGUAAUGCUGACGAGAAAAGAUUUGACGCUCAGGGCCAACUGCAACGCAUUCAGGAAGAAGAUGUCUUUCUUCUCUCGGUGGAUAUUCAGCAGACACUCAAGAGGAAUGAAGGGUGGAGUUCUGACUUAACUUUCUGCACAUAUUCUCCCAUCAUAGUCUCUGGGACAGGACAGAACAGAACAUGCAACUGAUAAAACUGGCAGAAAAACAGCAUUUAAAGAAUCACUGUUUUAUGCUUUGUAUCACACAUAUAUCAAUAACCGGGCAGCUGGAUGAUUGAAUGCUGCCACUGAAAGGUUUUGUUCUCCCCAAAUGUUAUGUGAAGCUAAUA